AUGACCUCUGGAACUCGUCACGGCGGAAAACGCCUACCCAUAAGUUGCCAGGCAUGUCGAAUUAGAAAAAUCCGCUGUUCUCGCGACAAACGACCGUGCCAAACAUGUGUACGGCGAGGCUUGGGCGCAGAGGACUGUGUCUACCUAGGCCAACCGCGACUAUCAUCCGAACAAUCACCAGAUUCACUUGUGCAGCAAGAGUUACUCGCGCGGAUUCGCAAUCUCGAGGAUUUAGUUCAGAGACAAGCGAGAUCGAACUCGCUAGCUGGGUUGCAGCCUAGCGACUCUCUUUCUCCGCAGACGUCGAGCUCGUCGGAACCUGAUAGUGCUAUUGGGCUGGGGCCACUGGAAUCAAUGGGCUCUGGUAUGGCGAAUAUGGGAUCUCUGCAGACGUUUUCUUCAGGGCAUGUUCGAUAUAUGCCGUUGGCAUCGCAGUGGAAUUCGGUGGUGAAUAAGAGUUCGACUGGUGAUUGUUUGCAGAAUGUCGAUACGGAGAUUCCGGACGAUGAUGAUGACUUGCAGAUUCCGUUGGUUAAAAAUGGGAGUUCUUCGAGAAGUGAGUUGCUGGGGGUUCUUCCGCCGGGGAGAUAUUGCGAUGGUUUGAAGAAUGUUUACUUCCAAGUGUUUUCGCCACUAUUCCACAUUCUCCAUGAUCUGACCUUCGAGGCAGAAUAUCAACAAUUCCGACACGACGCCGGAAGCGUAUCAACAUCAUGGCUAGCACUACUUUUCACCAUCCUAGGCAUAGCAGUGACUGCACUUAACGACAACGAUCCCUUACUCUCCGAUCUAGGCCGUGAAAAGACAGUCAGUCGCAACAUCAAAGUAUUAUCAGCGCGCUACCGCUCCGCAGCAAUGCGCUGCUUAGCAGCAGACGGCGUCGUAUCGCGACACUCCAUCAACUCCCUGCAGUGUCUCGUGCUCAUUAACUACGCCCGCUCACACCGCGGAUUGCCAACAUGGACACUCAUCGGCUUCACACAUCACGUCGCCAUCUCGAUGGGCUGCCAUAUCGACCCUGAAAGAUUCGGUCUAGGCCCUAUCGAGCGUGAGGAACGAAGACGCGCAUGGGCUGGACUAAUGAUGCUGUACACCAUUCAAAAUGCCUCCUUCGGUAGUCUGGACCAGCGCCUCCUUGCGCAAGACGUCAAGCUCCCCUCAGAUGUCAACGACGUCGACCUCUUAACAGGAUCACCCUCGGAACCAGCACCGCGCCCAACACAAAUGACAUAUCUCCUUCUAAAAUUCCGUCUAUACAAAGUUUCCGCCAUGAUCUGCGAAUCUAUCUUUAGCUUUCCCUACAGGUCUCGAACUAGCACACCGCAACUUGAGUCUGAUAUCGUGGCUAUACAGGAGAUGUGCAAUGAGCGGUACCAGCUCGAUACAACGCAUGAACCACUACCAACACACCACAUAGCCAACAUGAAUAUUCUUUACAGCUACAUCCAUCAACUAUUCCUCUUACUUCUUCGUCCCACACUCUGUCGGUAUUUCCAGGGCGAAAUCACACCCGAGACAUCUACUUCGAGGGCUAAAUGCGUUGCCUCUUCCAAGGCAUCGCUGACUAUCUAUACAUCGCUAUCCGAAUCGCCCCAAUUCGCGCCGUAUAAAUGGUAUAAUAGCGGUUUGGGGAGCUUCCAUGCCUUCCACGCCGCGGUCGUUCUGUCGGUUAUCCUCAUGAAUCCAGAAAGUCAGGCGGAAUUCGUCGAAAUAAAGGAUAUACUCUGGAAGUCGCUUGAUGCCUUCGCUGCGCUAUCAAACCGCAGUGCAUUUUGCAGUAAGGCUGUGCCUAUUUUACGACGGAUCAUCGACGUCGCAACAACCCGCUAUCAACAACACCAACAACAUCUACUAAGUUUCUCUCCAAUGGCAUCAACAGCCCACUCCUCCCCUGCUGCUCACACCAGCAUAAACACACCAUACAGCCAACACCACUCCACCCCCGCAGCAAUGAUAGAUGGAUCUCUCAUGGAUCCGUUCUUCGCGCAGAUGAGUCCACAGAACUGGGUUAGUCCGGCUGCGAUCCCGUGGGAUGGAUGGGGGUUUUUAUCGGCGGAGGGGUUUGGGAUGCAGCAUGGUUAA